UAAAACUAAAUUCAAAUCUCUCCCACUCAUAUCAUAAGUCAUUCCAUUCACUUUGACUCAUGUGACAUUUUAUUUGCGGUUAUUUUUUCUUAACCUGAGAAAGUAAUAUAUAUUUAAUGAAAAUAUCACAUAAUACUUAAUUAUGUCUCCUUUUAGUCAUUUAUGUCGUUUAAGUAACUUCAUAACAGGCAGCUAUAAGAAUGUUUUACUUGGAAGAACAAACUGGAUUAAUCAAAGUCAAAUAUGUAAUUAUACGAAAAAAUCUGCUGAAGCGAAGUUAGGAAUUGAGAAGCCAAAGAGACCUUUAACUCCAUUCUUUAAGUUCAUGACCCAGAUGCGCCCUGCUCUUCUCGCCAAAAAUCCUGGCAUAAGCUCUAAAGAAGCCAUAGCUUGGAGUUCUAAACAUUGGCAACAGUUAGACAGUGAGACAAAGUCACAAAUGGUAAAAGAAUAUGAAAAAGAUCUAGAAGACUACAAAAAGAUCAAAGAUAUCUAUGAGUCCUCACUCACUGAUCAGCAAAAAGAGGAUAUUAAGAGAGUCAAAGAUGAAAUGGCCACUGCAAAAGAAAAAAGAAAGCUGAAAGCUGAAUAUAAAGAAAUGGGCCGGCCAAAAAAACCAAUGUCUUCCUAUUUCUUAUUUGCCCAAUCAAGAAGUGAUACAUUAAAGGGUAAUGAUAUAAAAGAAUACCAAAAGAAACUGAGAAUGGAUUGGCUGAAUUUACCUGAGAGUGAAAGAGUUGGAUUCGAAAAACAGGCUCAAAAUCUUAUGAAUAAGUAUAAGAAAGACUUAGAAGCGUGGGAAUUGAAAAUGUUAUCAAUAGGUCGUUCAGAUCUAAUCAGGCAGAAAAAUGUCCGACCGAAAAAACCAAAAUCUGCAUUAGAUACACAAUAGGAACUCGGGUGCUCUGACGUAUCAGUUAAUUCUUUACAAAAAAAAUCUAAUGAUAAAGACAAUAUUUCUAGCAUAGCAAAUACAGAAGGAACAAUUAAACCAAUAUUAACACUUCCUAAUGUUUCUCUGAAAUCUGAUGAUUCAGGAGGAAAAAGUUAUAUUAAUAAUAAUAUACCAGCAUUAGACAAAGUAUGUCAGAGCACGGGUGAAAAGAAAACUGUUAAAAAUAGUUUAAAAGAAUCAGAUAAUACCUCAAAAACCGAAGACAGAAAGAGUAAGACGAUUAUGACUAGUAUUAAAAGUUUUUUUAAAUUUUAGAGUUUAGUUAUAUUUAGCUUGCAGCAGUUUUGACAUCAUUUAGUUGAAGGAUUUGCAAUGUAUAAAUUCAUUUCUUUAAAGUAAUGUAAGUACUUCAUAAAGAUUUAUGCAUU